ACGGAUGCGGCCUACAGCCAGCAGACGACGACGGACUCGUUGACAUUCGAGUCGCCUCCUCUGCAGACCUCUUUUGAGGAGGAGAUGACAUCGGCCCCGCCGCCGCCUCCCCUCGUGGACGGCUCUUCCGCCUACACAACUGCCCAUGCCCAGCAACUUGCAUAA